AUGGCGAGUCUCUGUCUCUCAUCGUCGUCCCGGAUCGUCUCUCUCCACCACCAGAAACCGUUUCUCUCUCUUAAAUCCCGGCCACGUUCGUCGGAAUUUUCCGGUGUAGCUCACUCUGCUUGUUUCAAUCCUCUUAGAGUGUCGAUAGAUCGCCAGCGAACCGCUACGGUGUCGACGAGAGUUGAGAAGCAGCGAAAGAGAAGAUCGGGUGUAGUCUGUUAUGCUGCUCCCAUGUCUGUCCCUAAUCUACAAUGGAUCUCGGCGAUCUCUUGCGUUGGAUUGAUGAUUGCAAGAGGUACUGGUAUCCACAAGUCCUUUGUUGUUCCUCUAUUCGCUCUAACCGCACCAUCCGCCAUUAUCACCUGGGCUAAGGGUGAAUAUGGAGUCUGGGCAGCAUUCCUAGCGCUUCUUGCUCGUCUCUUCUUCGCUUUUCCAGGUGAACUUGAGCUGCCAUUUAUUGCAUUGCUCUUGACGAUCGUGGCGCCGUAUCAAGUUAUGAACAUAAGAGGGAAGCAAGAAGGGGCUCUCAUUUCUUUGGCGAUCUCUUGUUUCUUGGCUUUCCAGCAUUUCACACGAGCAGGGAGCUUGCAGAAAUCAUUUGAUCAGAGCUCAGUUGUUGCCACUUUAGGCAUCAUUGGUGUCACAGUUGUAUCCAUCCUUUUCUUGAUUUAA